GGUCACUGCCCACACUCAUACGACAGCGACACCUACAGGUUAGUUGGGAAGAGAGAAACGUUAACUCAUGCCGAAACGUGUGGUUGGUGUGACGUUGGUCAAGAUUUGUUUAGUCGAGGUCGAGACUUGGUCUUUAGUGGGUCAAGAAUUGAAGCUAAAACGAUAUUUUCCGGUUUUUGAAAAUUUCCGAGAGUACUACGUUUGUUCCUGUCCAGUGGGUCGUCUUCAUAGUCUGCUGUGAGAUGACUAACUAAGUUCAAAACCGAAGAGGGAAUACUACGCUGAGAGAGUUUCCCGUCAGAAUCGCCGUUCACCAUGGAGCGGUCAAAAUUUGAUACUCCCUUCACUCGCAGGGAUAGGAGUAAUACAGACUAUCGCGAAGAUGGGAGAACGGUGGACUUGUUUCUAAAGUUUCGCCAAUUGCGACCGUAUUUGCUAUCCCGGUUGAAAAAGAUAAAGAGGGAACGUAAGGAGUGGGAUUAUCGUGAGGAGGUGGAGGACAUGAAGUAUUUACUUUCCGUUAUGGCAAAUAUGUCUGCAGAUGAGAAUCAUGGUGCUCCCGCGUUGCAAAGAUUCAUCGAUAGAAUUCAUGAAAUGAUUCGAAAAAAUCCGAUCUCAGAGAUAUCCACCGUUACGAUUGAAAGUGAUCACGAGGAUGACUCAGAAACGGCCGCACCACGUAGUCCAUCUCCAACGGAGAUAUGUUACGAAUCAUUUUCCGGCCCCCUUCCCACCGCUCGGACCAUUCCACUCGAACGAGACGCUGACCGAAACACCUUCUUUGAGUCGAUGGAAACAUCUACGCCGAAACCAUCGUCCCGCAAUCCUUGGGGAACCCCGGGUGGGGACUACUCCUCGCGUGGGUGCGCUGUUCCUAGUCAAGACAUUGAUAUGCGGAGUGCUUCAUCCUCAUCUUCAUAUUCAGUGGGGCGCGGACAUGGUGUUGCAAACCAGUGGUCUGACAGUGCUGGUAAUGGUAGCAGUUUUCGACCUUUCGGCCGUGGCUCUGGCAAAGCGUACGAACCAAUGAUACGACCCCCUAUGACCCGCGAGCAAAAAUCGCUCGACGAUUGGGAGAACGAUGACGACGAUGAAGAUUUCUCCCGCCGUGAUGGAAACUAUUCCUUUGGUCGUGGAGACAGUAAUAAUGGUGGCAGUUUCAGUGAUAAAAGUAACAACAAUGACGAACCGUGGCGUGGGGAUGCGUUUGCUAGUUUCAAUCGUGAUGUGAAUAGUGGACGAUCAGACUUUUCGAGAGAGUAUAAUCAUCAAAGUCCAUAUGUGAGACCGAAUUCCCGCGGGGGAGGAGGAGGGAGAGAAGAGAUGUACGACAGACGCCUGCCGAAAGAAUUCCUCCCAAAAGGACCACGGUCAAACAAUUCGUACAAUAAUGUGGACAAAGGUGGUUCGGUUAGGAUUGAUUACAAACACGGAGCAAAGGUGGAUGAGGCCGCAGUAGCAUCAACAUCCCCUUGGAUUACUAGUGUGAAAAAUAAUCCUACUAGUGUUCCAUACCAACAAUCCACCUUUGACCCCAACAUCGCCGCCGCAGCCGCCGCCUUCGCCUAUUCUCAGCAACAGAAUAUCCAAGCUAUGGCUUCACAACAGCAACAGAAUAUCCAAGCUAUGGCUUCACAACAGCAACAGAAUAUCCAAGCUAUGGCUUCACAACAGCAACAGAAUAUCCAAGCUAUGACUCCACAACAACACAUACAACAACAAAUGUACCUCAGUCAACAACAACAGCCCCUCCUCAAAAAUCCUAACCUCUACCAGAAUCCCGCUCUCAUGGCGGUCAACAUGCAAGCCUUGAACAUGAAUGCACGUGGGGUUAAUCCGGCGAACGUUCCUCGUUUUCAACCACCUCUCCUCGCAAGUCCUCCCAGUGCUGGAUUCGUUCGCUCUGCUACACCGCUGCCGCCUCCGCCCUCCUUCAACAAUUAUGCUAAUCAUGCCUCACCACCGCCACCUGCUGCAGCUCCUCCCCCUACAGCUUCCCACCACCCCUCCACAAGUGACGACAUGCCAUCGAGUGAGCAACUCAAGGAGAUCUUUCGGCAUAAAGCAAAGCAAAGUUUUUCUCGCGGACCGAAGGAAAUUCCGUUAUCUCGUCCUCCUCUUGGGCUAUCCCAGUCUCAAAGUGCCGUUCCACCACCACAAAAAUCUCCAUCUCAGGGGCUGCUCGCCACCAAUCAAAUGUUAUCCGAUCGAAACCCACGACUCCAACACAAAUCAAGUAGUAGCAGUAGUGCUAAGCCGUCAUCUUCAUCCUCAUCUUCUUCUCGCCACGAUCGGUCAACUAGUCAAAGUGGUGGCGACAAGGAUUCGUCCGAGCAUCAUGACUUGGAUCCGCGACGUAACAGGGACCGAGAUUCAGACCGCUACGAUAAGCGUCAUCACGACAAGCACCACCAUUCUUCGGACCGUCACCAUCACCGAUCAGAUCGACACCACCACAGUGACAAAUCAUCGUCUCGAGAUGACAGGAAAGAUCGGAGUAGAUUUUCCUCUCCUGUCGCUUCCUCGUCCGCUGAGCGAGACAAGCAAAAGGACAAAGAUAAGGAUAAAGAUCGUGUCAUGCGUAUCAACAUUGAUGAACCCGUCCUCCAAACUCCGAACAGCCGCUUGGACGAUAUUAGAAACCGAGUAAAAGAAAAACUCCCCAUCGACGUGACCCGACCGGGCUCAAAAUUGCAACAAAUCCGCCAGCAGGUGGAGAAGGAGCGAUUCCACGCCCUCGGGAGACCCGGCGUAACAAAAAAACCGUCCAGCUUUGAUGAAGCGAUCGUCGUCCCGGUCGACGUCGUUGCGCGUCAUACUGUGUCAAAACCUCAGAGUAAAAGUAGUAAGGAUAUUUCCAAAGAGACUGACGUUUCAGGAGCAGGAGGAUCUCAAAAGAAUAAAGAUAAGACGACCACCACGCCAGUACAAAAAGAUAAGGCAAAUGUGACUAAAGAUAAAUCCAAUCGUGGUAAGAAAUCCGCACAUCACAUUUCCCCCUUGGACAGUGAUGCGAAAUCGAAUAGAAAUGCCAAUCUUAAGGACAAAGAGCGAGGAAACAAGAUGAGUGUCACCAAGAAAAGGUUGUCGUCCACGUCGAGGUUAUCUAAGUCAAAAAAGAAUCAGGGUGCUGAAACCUCAGAGGUUGAGGCUGCUCCCAAAAAACCUCCCGUGUUCCGAAUCCCAAAAAUAAAACGUCCCACACCACCACGGAGUCCAUCCCCUCCGCCGAGAGAUCCAACUCCCCCACCACCAACGCCAUCACCGUCACCUCCACCACCAGCACUAUCGCCUCCACCACCAGCACCACCCGCUGAACAAGAAUCUCAUCCCACAGAAGAAGAAAGUGCAUUCGCGACGGAAAAGUUACGGAAACUCGUGACGGACGAUUUCAUUAAACAGUUCGUCCUCUCGGAGAUGGAUGGACAGGAGGCAAAUGGGAUUUUGAAUGAUCCGUCCGUCUUCGCAAUAGUCAAGGAGCGACUGAAAGAUCAGAUAAAAAAUAUUCUCAAAAAUAAGCCCGUUGCUGGGGAUGAUGCGGCCGUGGAGGAAACGACGACUAGUUCCGAGGCUGGACCUGAUAGUGCUGAGCGUGGAGGACAUCAGUCGAGGAGCACGACGAGGAAGAAAAAUUCCAAGAGGAGGUCGUCCCUUGAGAAGUUACAUGAUGCUCUAAAAGAGAUGAGGUUCGACACUAUGAUGCCACUUGGGCCAAGGCGAUGCACGCUCGGCUCCAACGACGACGCAGAAUCCGCUGGAGUGAACAGUACGACAGAUUCACCCUCCAAGCCAAGCGACACCACCAAAAAGAGUUCACCUACCGCAGCCAAAGCGAGUAACAGCGAGCUUGCCAAGCCUGUCCCCCAGAAGGCAAAAUCUUCCCCUCCGAAAAAGUUAAAUGUCGAGUCGAACGGUGACAAUGAAGUGGCAGAGCCAACACCAGCCACAACGACCCCACCCAAGAAAGGAGGUACUAAAAGAAAGCGACCCGCCUCCAAGGCGAGGGCAAACAAGAGGAAGAAAGGUCCCGUCACACGAGCUCAAGCUGCGGUAAAGUCAGCCAUCAAAAUCCAGCAAAAAGAUAAACCUAGCAAAGUGGGGAAGAAGAAAUUGGCGGAGGCGGCUGCAACAGAAAAACCAUCCGCUCUCUCCGACGUUGCUCGCAUCACACGAAGUAUGAAAAAUCGUGGUGGAAAUAUCCGCGUUAAGGUCAAAGUCGAACCAGAAUUGGUGAAACAAGAGCCGAUCGAUGACACUGCGGAAGACGACAACUCAUUCACCCGGGAUCCAGAACCUGUCCAUCAACAAGACGAAGAAAGCCAGAGUCAUCAGCCACCCAGUAUUUCUAAUGAAACUUCCAACUCCUCCACUCGGCUCUCUACACUGACCAUGCCCCUCCCCUCGUUCGAUGACGAUGACGAUGAUGACAUGAUCGACUUUAGUGACGCCAUGUCUGUGGAUAUUGACAUUAAAGACGAGCCGGAAGACUAUAGUCUGAUCGAUGAUGACGGUUCGCUUCACAUGACUGUAAACAACGUCAUCUUGGAUGACACCCCACCCCAAAAUAAUUUCGAAAUUCCGGACACAAACUAUGACGAAGAUCUCACGGACAUUCUCAAGGACGUGCCAACCUUUAAGACAUCUUUUCCCGAAGAUGAGGAAGACAUUGUCACCAGUUUCACUGGUCUAAUUAGUGGAACCAGUACAAAAAUAAGCGAUAUUUUCGACAAGCUCGACCCCGGAAGUCAAGAAAGUAGCUUACCAUCCCGUCCCGACUCUGCCGACAUACAGAAAGAGUGCUUCGCCGUCGUGGAUUUUCUCAUCAAUCAAGUCGAUGAGGCCGAAACGGCAGAACAAGAGGCCAAUCAAGACCAUCACGAGGAGGACAAUUCCACCAAAUUUCCCGGACACGGCUCCGACUACAGUUGUUACUCUAGUGAUGACGAAGGCGGUUCUUCUACCGACUCCGUGGAGGAAGAACCAAACGACUUUUUCCAAUUUUGUGACGACUACCCAGAUCAGGACGCACCCAAAACUGACACAGAGACUCAAGACUCGAAGGAUCCUAUGUCACACCUCCCAGCACUAAAACCUAACCCGUUCCUCCACUGGGGCCAACCCCAACCCGACGCUCUUCCUCGCUCUCCAACUAUGGCAUACCUUAUCAAUAGGCCGAAUAGGAGAGUGGGGCCAGCGUUAAAAAUCAACAUGACGAAAUUGAGGAAAAACAUUUGGACAAAGAUGCCACCCGUCCAGGUGGAGCGUAAAAUCAAGACGGAGGAUGGUUUUGGUGUCAAGAUUGAACCCGGCUUUGACGGACUGAGCCCAAUGGACGUGGAUUCAUCAGACUCGGACAACCCAGGUCCACGCUCCCCCAUUCUGAAACGCGAUCCUUUCAUUUCAAAAAUUGAGUUGCAAAAGUUGGAAGACACGAACAAACGAACGUCAAUUGACAUACCAAUUUACCUCCCGGGAUGUGACCCUUACGCGGGCGAGGAGGGGCGAAUCACCAAUUUGAGAGGCCAUGCUCUCUAUGUAUGUCCCAACCAGCCGUGUUCCUUUAAAGCACCUAACGCCGCCCUGUUCAAGGACCACAUGCCAACCUGCCCCCACGCGAUCGAUCUCAAGUCCAUGGGCUGCCCCCAUUGCAAAAAACGGGUCAAAGCCAUCGUGAAUUUAUUGGAGCAUUUGAAAACACAUGGGCAACAGAAGCAAGUUUGCUCCUUGUGUACUUUCAAGACCUGGGCGACCUCCGAACUCACGCGGCACAUGAAGGCAUUCCAUAAAGUAUUUAACUAUAAAGUUGAAAGAUUUGAGACAACGGAUCCUGAAGACGACGCUGAAAUGGUCAUGUUUCCGAAAGAUGUGAUUGCCAGGAUGUCAACGGUUCAACAGCUUAGGGAUUCCUACGCCUGCUAUGCGGAUCGCAUCGUGUUCGGGCCAAAUGAAAUAGAUAAAGUUCCAAUUCGUCAAAUUUUCCAUACGCUCGCUUACUGCUCAUUGUGCACUUAUGCGUCUAAAGUCCGAGUGAAUUUCAUCCGUCACUUGGAAGCUCACAAAAAGGCAGAUACCAAACCCGAAGUUAUCAUUCCAGUUACCGACCCAGUGAAUCCAGUCCCGUGCUUGGAGAGGAAGGAACUCAUGUUCGACAAAAUGACCAACUGGGCUGGGAGUUCUCAUGAGAAUAAGACUGGCAACACCAAUAGUGACAGCUCAACCGUUCCCCAGUUCGUUUUGGAACAAUUUCGCUAUGUGUGCAACGUCAAAGGCUGCGAGCAGAUUACGGUGGACGAGUACAUGUUGCGCACCCAUAUUCGUACGUUGCACCCUGAAGUGGAGAAUUAUGAUUGUCCCCACUGCGCAAAACACGAGGCAACAAGAAACGACAAACGAAAUUCUGUCCCGGUUGAUAAGUUGGGUCCUCAUUUGAAGCUUCACGGCCCUAAAUUGUACAGAUGCGCGUACUGUGAUAUGAUCCACACGCAAUUGCCCUUAAUGGAGAAGCAUAUCCCCGAAAAACAUCCCGAGAGGAAACCGAUUCAUUACCUGAUCCGAAAUUUGGAUAAUGAUGGCAAUCAGGCCAACAGACGGAACUCGAGCGACGAAUCCGCUCCCAUGGACAAGUGGCGAUGUACGCUGUGUGCAGCAAAGCAAUUGUUCCCCUCUUACAACGAGGUGAAGAGUCACUGCGUGACAGCGCACAAGAUAAGAUGCCAAUUUAUGUGCUUUGAGUGCAAGUACGCCACGGAUAGUGACGUCGCGGUUAUGAACCAUAUAACAGAGGAUUGUAAGGGUGAAGAUGAUGAUCCAACUUCGGAGAGUGACUUAGAAGAAAGCGACAUUGAUCCCGAGGAGACUGAGGCUGAACGAGAACAGAGACUGAAGGAAAAAGAGGAAGAAAAGGUGAAGAAGGAGGAAAGAGCUAAAAUCAGGGCAGAAAAGAAAGCGAAAAAGAUCGUGGUGGAGGGGAGAAUUCUCAUCAUGUGGUACAGGAGCGAAUUUGACUCCAAACAAGAAAAUAUCAUCCACGGCCCCCUUUGGAAACGAACCUUGAACGUAAAACACAUCCGUGGAAUAUUUUUGGAAUAUGGGAAGGAACGACUUCCCAAAAUGAGUUCUUCCUUGAUGCUCCAAUCUCGUGAGAAGAUUGCUGCCCCUGUUAUUGGAAAGACAACCCGACGGCCCUAUAAGGCACCUCCUAAGGUGGAUAAGAUGCCAGCUCCAGAGGCGACAGCGAAACUUUUCAUCUGUCCAAAGUGCAACUUAUUCAAGACAAAGAGUGCGGCGAAUAUGAGAGUUCAUCUCUACAAUGAGCUGGGUUAUCAGAGAUACCGUUGUAAUAAGUGCAACGUCAAGUUUGUGACUGAGAGUUCUUUAAAAGGUCACCUCGUCGGAGAUCAUGGCACUUCUUUGGAUGAAAACUGCUACGAGUUGUUGCCAGUCGACUCAGAAAUCGAAUCUUUCAUCAUCGCAUACUUCACGUCAAUAGAAGAAAAGGAAGUACAGAGUGAGGGCAUAACUUCUAGUUCUGAUCUAUCCCCCACCAACAAACAGCCCACCUUCAUGUGCAAACAUUGUGGUCAAGAGUGUCAGAAUGCACAUAAUUUGAAAACACACGUGCUCGCGAAACAUAUUGCAAGUGAUCGAUAUCAAUGUGGACAUUGCGGCACUACGUUCUGGAAUCAAGCCCUGGUUCGAAACCAUCAUUCGCGCGCCCACCAAGGCCUGGAAUACUUACUCGAGGAGAAAUUUGUGCUAGAUCUCACCCCAGAAUUUUGGUCGUCCGAGUACGGUCUUCCCAUCGGUCUGGCGUCGAAAAAAUCCACAUUAUCACCGAUGAAGCGCGCCUCAGUUAGUGAUGACAUGUUUAUGCCCUCCUCAAGUACUUCCUCUGAUCUAACACUCGGCUCGCGAAUGCCCGUCCUUGAUAUGCACGACGACGACGACCCACUCUUGUUUGGCUUUGCGGAUAUGGAUCCCUCAAUCAUUGACGAUUCGCGACUAGCCGAAAAUGGGUCGAAUCUGGAGGACUCUUUCCUCCUCCAACUUCUCGAGGAGGAUACAAAAGGCAGCGGCGGUGACGAGUUGACCUUAAAUCGCACCGGGAACAGCGCUUACAAUCCAAAUGCGCUUGCCUACAAAUGUUUCCACUGUGGGGAAAACUCCCUUAGCGUUCGUGGAGCUCGUGGUCACUGGGAAAAAGUGCACUCUGCACGUCUCGAGGAGCGUUGCAACUAUUACGAGUAUCGAGCCUUCAAUUCGCUGAACCAACUCCCACCCUGUAUUCAGCUAACCUGCUCCCUCUGCGAGUACACGGUCUCUGCACUCUCGCUCAUGAAAGACCAUCACGAGACUGUUCAUCCCACCCAACCAUAUCGGAUGAAGCGCAAGCUCCGUACCGGCCACAUGAUGUUCGAGUGCGGCAUCUGUUUCCAUGAGUGCUAUAUGAAGGAACAGGUUCUCGAACACAUUGCAGCAGUCCACCCAUCUAUCCGAGAACCCACCUACGUAACGACCGACCUGCGCGAAAAGUCGUCCGAGAAUGAAGAACCACUUACCGGAAAGCUUGUUGAGGACAGGGUCCGCUAUGGGUGCAACUAUCCCCCCUGCCAACUUGACUUUGAAACCCGCAGUGCCAGUCAUGCCCACGAAGUUGCUUUUAACCACAAUCCCACAAGCAAAAAAGUGAACAUCAAAUAUGUUCGGUUCGUCAUCAAUGCAACGAUCCGUAUCCCUGUCGCUGAUGGGAUCAGAUCCGCCAACGUCGAGGCGACCAAGACGGUUUUCAAAUGUCCGAACUGUCCCUACCAAGCGGACGAGAGGCAGAAACUGGUAACUGAACAUUUAGGCGAGCACGUCCACACCUACACAUGUCCCGUAUGUAGUCGAUCAUUUCAAACCUAUUUGGACACCAAGUUCCACAUCCGGUUCCAACAUUCUGACCCGAGUGGGAGUCCUCUCAUCAAUCCCAACAUGCUCAAUGCUCGCGCAUCCCUGGAAGAAUCCAUCAUUCAGGUCAAGAUCGUCUUGCCGGAUGAAAAGAAUGGAGAAUAAUUUAUCAAGUGUUAUCAGAAUAAUUACUUAAACGUCAAUUAUAAUUAUCUCACCGAAUCUUCGUCGUCUUGUCACCACCUCACGCAGUGUGAACAAUAUGAGUCUGAUAUAAUAAUAAUAUGUAGUUAAUCUGUAUGUAUUUUAUAGUAUAGUUAACUUCUAUGUAAAGUAUCCUCAUUUAAUGAAAUGAAUUGAAAAACUUGUAAUAAUUUAAGGAAGUGUUAUUUUAUUUAAGAACUACUUAAUUAAUUGGUCGCGUAUUCCUCUUUAAUGCUUUGGAAUAACUGUUUUUGUUGAUGAGACGAGAACGUUGUUUGUCGUUUUCGUGUCUUGUUAUAAGGUAUACACAAACACAAAAUUAAUAAUAGUAGUUAAUUAAUCAGUCUGUUGAGAAGUAUUUUAUGAUUAUAACUUCUUCCUUGUUGUUCGCACUAAUUUUUUGUACGUCUCGCUAAAAAAGUAAAGAAACCUUGAUUAUUAAAUGUAGGGGUGGCCGAAUGCGGAACGCAUCAAAUCGAAAUUAUAUUUAAUAUUGUUAAUGAAUGGUCACAAUGUUGAGGGGAAAUAAGACUAAAAAAAACACAGUACGAAGAAUCAUUAAGUAUACAAAUUAUUGGCAAGAAAAUAAAUACUUAUAAAUGCUAAAAUGGAUCUGAA